UGGGACAACAAAAGUCAGCCUGCAGGCUUCCUGGUUGUUUUAUUUGUGGUCGAUCAUGUCUGUGGACUGGAAGAGUAAGUGUGCCGAGGAGUGGAGCCUGCACGGAGCUCCGAUGCCCGACAGCGUGGACUGGAAGUCCGUGUACGAAGCCAAACCGCUGGGGAGAAAUUUACUGAAGAACCCCGCUCCGCACGGGGUGAGUAAAGAUGCUCCUCCACCUGAACCUGAGCUGUCUGACGUGCCCACACGUGUGCUUCCAUUCUUUCCGCCUGAAGUUGAUUUUAGUGGUUGGACUACGAACACGGAGAAACUCCCCUAUGACACCAGUGACAUCCCACCAGGUGUGGUUGUCUGUGGACUGCCCGCAUACAGCUGGUUUUCCAUGGAGCAGGUUUUGGAUCUGAAGGCAGAGGGAUUGUGGGAAGAGCUUCUGGAUGAUUUUCAGCCUGAAAUAUUCAUCCAAGACUGGUAUGAAGAGAGUCAACUGCAUAAGUUCAUCUAUGAGCUCUGUGUGAAGUUACUGGCGGCUGACAAAAGUACGGUUUUGGCAGAGCACAGCGUCAACCCCACUGAGGACCUCAGCAACUAUUCGCACACCUGGAAAGAGGUGUCACACGUGUUUCGUGGCUAUGGACCUGGGGUGAGAUAUGUCCACUUCCUGCACCGACUGAAGAACCAGUUCUUGAAUGAAUUCUUCCCCACGCUGUUCACAGACAGCUCUGUGAUCGUCAGGCCAAACAAAUCCAGCUGUUAGGCUCAAUUUGAUUGUGCAAAUAUUAUAGCCAGUUUAACCAAAAUGAUCACACGGGUAUGGCAGAGUUUACUUUUUUGCAAAUCAAGUCAAGUCACAACUCCACAACACCACAAAACCGCCUCGGGUCCUGGAAGGCAGCCACCCAGGCAGACAUCUGGUCCAUCCCCACAUCUGUAAGACAUCUGUCUGCCACAGCGAGGUGAAACACGGGCGUCCCCUCAGCCUUUUUUUGCACUUUGAAAAUAAAAGUGGAAUAGACACAUUU